AUGGGUACCUACAAAAAUGAGCUUUUUGACUCCGGCCAGGAGGAAGGUGUAAGUUUGCGCAGUGUCAAAAAAUAUGGAUGCAAUCAACGUCCACUGACAUGCCCUCCACAAAUGCACCAAAGCACAAGUAGUACUCUAAGCUCUAGCAGUUUUGGCCAUCACAGCCUCCCCAGGCGCCAAAUGACUACAUCUCCCUCUGAUCAGUGUAGUCUCUGUGGCUUUAGUAUCCAAGUGGAUAGAGUUUCCAUCAAAGGAGUGGUUUACCACAAGGCAUGCUUUAAAUGUACCAGCGCAUUUGGUCGGCUAUUAGGUUUCUUUCAUCUUUCUCCUGUUCUAUCUGAUACAUUUUCCCUACACUUUUUCUUUUUCUAUAUCUUUUCUCUCUCUUUCUUCAGAUUACAUCCAGUGUCUUUUCACAUUACAAAAUGUUUCUUAUUUUAUCCUUCUCACCUAGAUAUGCAUGCUUUCAUAUGUUUAUUUUACUUGUUUGUAUUUUUAUCCUUUUCUGUCUUUUUUUGUUUUACUUAA